GGUGCCCUCCCGUAGGGCUGCUGACCCAGUGAGGCUGAUCUUGCAGCUGGGCUAAGGUCUAGGUGGUAGGUGUGUCCAGGAAGCCAGAGCAGGGAGUGGAGUCUGUCUGUCAGAGGCAGCCUCUGAUCUAGUGCGAGAGUGCCCUGGCUGCACUGAAUUGACCUUGAAUGCUUCGCUCCCCAGAGACUGCCAGUUUAACCACCCAAGCCGAAAUAUGGGAACCAGGAUGAAUGACCUGCCAUGAGAUCUGCAAUUAUAUUAUUUUCGUGACUACUUUGAAUCAGCAAUGCUAAAAAUACUUAUAUAUAUUUUUAACUGAAGUACUGGAGGUCUGAAGAAAAAGCUGACUACCAGCUGACUCAUUCUACUAGAGAAAGGCUUCAAAGAAGUUUCCCAAUUGAGAAAAUAUAUUGCCUGGUUUUCUAGAAGAAAAGCAAAACUUCUGAUACUUUUCAAUUAAUAAUUAAAUUUAUUUAAAUUUUUAAAAAAUAUUUAUUUGAAAGGCAGAGUUACUGAAAGGAGAGGCAGAGAGAAAGAGAUUGAUCGACCGAUCCGAUCUUUGAUCUGCUGGUUGACUCCCCACAUGGCCACAAUAGCUGAGCUGGGCCGAUCCAAAGCCAGGAGGCAGGAGCUUCUUCCAGGUCUUCCACAUGGAUGCAGGGGCCCAAGGACUUGGGCCAUCUUCUACUGCUUUCCCAGGCCACAGCAGAGAGCUGCAUCUGAAGUGGAGAUGCUGGGACUCAAACAGGUGCCCAUGUGGGAUGCCAGCCCUGCAGGUGGCAGCUUUACCCACUGUGCCACAGUGCUGGACCCCCCUUUUUUUUUGUUUUCAUCUACUUGAAAGGUAGGGUGACAAAGAGUAAAAGCAGAGUUUUCUCCUGUGAAACCAAUAGAACCCCUUAAGCUGUGAGGAAAUUAUGUAUAACUACUUAAUUUUGAGAGAAUUUUAGAUUUCAGCUGUCAUUAUACUUAGUUUUCAGUGGGUUUAUAGAAGUUUCAUAAACAGAUGCAUCGAUCUCUUUCUCGUCUCUUGCCAAUGUCAAAGGCACAUUGCAGUUGUCCCCUGUGUCCUAAUCCUGCUGUGUCCCUCUGCUCACCACCUCAUUCUCCUUACAGCAUCAGGCUAAUCUUAGACUGUCAAUGCCCAGGGAAUCCAGAAACUGGCAGUAAGAUCACUGUUUGACACCAGGCCAUUGUUACCAUGAGGGGAAGCCAGAAUUUAUAGAUGACAGCAAUAUAUGUGAUGAAGCUCACAGAAUCUGCACAAGCACCUACUAUGUGCCAUAGAAUUCUGUACUGUCUUAGUAUCCUUGGCCUCACAAACCAUGACAUACCCUGUCUCCUUAUUGCAUCACCUCUGUAAACAAAAAGGAACAGUAGCAGGGCUUUCAAGUCAAAGUCCCAAGUUCAUAUCUGAGUACCUGCCUUUGCUUGGGUGACAUUUGGCUACCUACCUGUAUUACCUGAAUUCAGAUUUGUGAUUGACAGCAUAAAAAUAAAUACACCUCCAAUAUUAAGUCAGUUGGCAUGCACAGGAAAUUCUAGCUAACAACUUUUUUUCUUGGAGUUCCCAUUUUACAUGUACAAACAGUAUUAAAGGAAAAUUGCAACAGGAAAGAGAUCAGAAAGGAAAUGGGAGUAGGAUCAGGAAACAGGAUUUAGAAGGAAAAAGGAGAGACUAAAUAGCAUGCAGGCAGCUAUGCCCCAUGUGGACUGGGUUAUUCAGGAAAGUGUUUUAAGGGUGUGAUGCUAAAUGAGCCAAUUGUAUCUUGGAAUGGGGCUGUUUUCCCCAGCUGCUGGGUGACUGGUUGGUAGGAAAUGGGUCAUCUUGAUCCUAUCUGCCAGAAGCACCUAGAGUAGGACAGAAUCCAUUGUUUCUGAGGAAGAGUGGGCUUAGAGUCUCAGUGUCAAGAAUCAUCUGUGAUGCUGAGUUGGGCAGUUUUAGGGUCAGGCUUGUGGACCUGAGUCAGAAUUGAAAAGGAUACUGCAAGGCCCUCCUGCACAUGGCUUUCUAUUGCCACCCAGGAUUGGUGGCUGAUCACAAAACAGGGAAACAAUGUGCUGGAUGGGCAGGGUCUUGGGAGGGGGAGAGAUGCAUCAAUGCCUCCUUUUCUCUUGUUGAAUAUGUCCUUUUCCGAUUUUUAUCUCGUGCCACAGUGCUUCUUGGUCGGCUUGCAAAAAUGAGCACGGGCUACUUUGCUGUCAGCGUUAGCACUGACCUGUCUCCGACAUCAGCCAAGAGUGAACAGCAGCAACAUACCGAGUCAGAGAAGUCAGCAAAGCCAAUGAAAUUGGUAGCCAGGCCAUCAGGCUCCACUGAGAAGGGUUAUUGGAAGUAUGAUGGUGGACUGAGCGGCAGAAGGAGCAAGACCACUCCAGAAAUCAGAGAAGAUGAUUUCAAGCUUGGGUUGGAACAGAAGAGAGAGAGCAAGAGUGAAAGCAGAAUUCUGAAUCCAGAAGCCACAAAAAUGAAGAUCUUUACUUUUCCUCAGCAUGCCUUAUCAAUCUGUAGAGAACAUGAAAGGUUUUUAUAUUUGCAAGACCCAGGGAAUUAUCUGGAGGUGAACUGGUAUCUCUAUUUAAUUCCCUUUGGUCAUGGUCAAUGUCAUCCAGUAGAAAUCAGAAGAAAUAAGUUAUUAGAAACAAGGUAUGGGAAAAUUGGGUUUCUCAAGGGUUUGGUGAUUAUGAUUUUUCCUUCCAUAGUCAAUUUUUAAAGGGUUUUUGGCCAUGAAACGGUGUUGUAUUUUAUCAACAUCUGCUUUCUCUGCAUCUGUUGAGAUAAUCAUACUUUUUUUUUUGUUUGUUCUUCAGUUUGUUGAUGCCAUGUUUGACAUUUAUUGAUUUGCUUAUGUUGUGCCGUCCCUGCAUCCCUGGGAUGAUCUUUUUGAUGUGUUGUUGGAUUCGAUUUGCUAGUAUUUUGCUGAGGAUUUUUGCAUCUGUAUACAAGAGAGAUAUUGGUGUAUAGUUCUCUUUUUUUGUUGCACCUCUGAUUUUGGGAUUAAGGCAGUGCUGGCCUCUUAAAAUAAUUUUGUAAGGGUUUCCCCCGCCUUUGGUUGCUUCUUUCACUUGGUGAUAUGCAUUAAAGAGUCCCAUGUGUCUUUUUUGUGGCUUGAAAGCUCAUUUACUUGUAGUGCUGCCUAACGUUCUAUUGUCUGGAAGUCUCCUGGUUUGGUUCUCUGCUCACUCACCGAGAGAUGUCUUGGUUGGUUACAGGUUUUAACAAGUAUGCAUAAAGCUUCCACCAGUACCUGUGAUGCUCCUACGUUCCUAACUCCUUCAAGUAAGUAUGAAGGAGAGCGACUGUGGGGUUGUGUGGUGAGACUAUGUUUAGUUUUAUAAGAAAUGGUCAGACGCUUCUAAAUCGGUUACCAGUAUCCAUUCCCUCCAGCAAUGGAUGAAAUUUUCUGUUGCUUCGCUUCCUUGUUGUCGUUCAGUGUCGUCAGUAUCCUGAAUGUUGGCCAUUCUCACAGGUGUGUAGUAAUGUCUCACUGUUUUGAGUUGCAUUUCCCCGAUGAUGUACGAUGUGGGGCAACUUUGCAUUGCUUUGCCAUUUGUAUAUCUUCGUUGGUGAGAUGUUUCUAAAGACCUUUGCUCCAUCUUUUAAUUAGGUUGUUUAUUUUCUUAGUGCUUUAGGAGUUCUUGGUAUAUUUUGUAUAGCAAUCCUUCAUCAUCUAUGUCUUUUGAAAAUAUUUUCUUGUACCCUGUGGCUUGUCUCUUCAUCUAUUCGUACUCUUUCACAGAGCAGAGAAUUUGAAUUUUAAUGAAGUUGAGCUUGGUGUUAUAUUCAAGUGACAGCAAACUCAGGCCAUCAUAGAUUUUCUCCUGUUAUCUUCCAGGGGGUUUACAGUUUUCUGUUUAACAUUCAGGCCUAUGGUCCAUUUUAAAAGUCAGUUUCUGUGAAGGGUACAAGGUAUGUGUUAGAUUCAUUUUUUUGUUGUUAUUGUUGUUGCCUGUGGAUAUCUAGUUGUGCUAAAUAGCAUUUUUUGAAAAGACUACUUUGGGGCAUAGUGGGUAAAGCUACUGCCUGUGAUGCCAGCAUCCCAAUGGGUGCCAAGUUGAGUCCUGGCUGCUACUUCAAAUCCAGCUUCUUGCUAAGUGCCUGGGAAAGCAGAGAAGAUGGCCCACGUGCUUGGGCCCCUGCCACCCGUGGGGGAGACCCAGAUGAAACUCUUCACUCCUGGUUUUGGCCGGGCCCAGCCCCAGUCAUUGUGCCCAACUGGAGAUUGAACCAGCUGAUGAAAGACCUCUCUCUCUCUCUGCCUUUCAAAUAAAUAAAUACAUCUUUUGAAAAAGAUUCUUUUCUCCAUUAUAUUCUAUUUACUCCAUUGCCAAAGG